AUGCUUGGCCACGCCCACGCUUUACGAACUCGCGCGACUCCAAGGUUGAUCUACGUGAAAGUGAAUGAAGAGUAUCAUGUUUCGUCGUCUUUGGUGGUCACAGUUCUGGCCGAUCAGAGCUCACAAAUCUGCAUAAUUUUCGGCGGUGCCUCUGCUCAUGAAUACGAGCCUGCUGUGCCGAAAUGUGCUGCCAGCAUAACCAAACCAUUAUGCCUCCACGAUGACCUCUAUCCCACCUGCGAGAUCAAACAUACAGUCGAGCCCCUUCGUGCCCAGAACACCGAGGGUAAGUGGCGUGUCGCUGUAAACAAUAUCGAUACCCAUUAUCAGACUCUCAUUCAUACUACACGCAUCAAAGAGUGUCUCACAUCUGCCGAUGCAUGUCAUCUGGUACCUGACAGCUAUGAGUCCAAGUGUCUGCAGAAGUCCAUCUACCACCACUUCUCUUGGCUGUCUACACCAUCGAUCAUUAAUCACCAAACACCUGACCUCAUGCCACAUUAG